UUUAAGGGAUGAAGUCAUGUUGUGCAACGUGUUGUGUUGUCCUCUCCAGAUGUUCACCCCUGAACAACAUUAACAGCAACAAAUCUCCACCUGACAGUAACUCAACAAUCAAACCAGCCGUGGUCCUAAAGAUCAGCAUGUCAGCAUACUUAAUACAGAGACGUCUUCUCUUGCUUUUGUGUCUCCUGCUUCAUCUUAACUCUUCACUGGCUUAUUCACUGAAAGGCUGCGUCAUCAGUUAUUCUGAAGACGCCUCGGCUGAUGUUUCUUUGGAUUGCUCAGAUCGUGAACUUGUUACUGUCCCUGAUGACAUCCCCAGAGAUGCAAGCUCAGUACUACUUUUAGCCAAUCAGCUUGAACAGAUUAACAGGCAAGAUUUUGGCCACUUGUCAAAGCUGAGAAAUUUGUCCCUAGACUCAAAUCAGAUUGCUCAUGUAGACGAUGGAUCUUUCACUAAUUUGGUGGCACUGACAAACCUCUACAUGAAUGAAAACAAACUCACCAGGCUGACAGACAACAUCUUUCAGGGACUGUCCAACCUCACCACGCUUGACCUCGGAGGAAACCACAUUCAGUUCAUUCAUUCCUCGGCCUUCCAGUUCCUGUCCAGUUUACAGACUGUGAUUCUAGAAAACAACAAGCUCCAACAAGUCACUGACAUUCAGCCCAUCUUACAGCUACCACACCUACAGGAGCUGAACAUUGGAGGAAAUCUAUUUACCUCCUUUCAGACCAAAGAUCUGCUGCUGAACAUGUCCUCAGGACUGAAGGUGUUAAAUGUUUCUGAUAAUGCUAAGUUAGAAAACUUCAGCAUCACAACACAGAUCUUUCCUCACCUUGAGAUGAUAGACCUUUCUGGAAGUGGUCGAGCUGCUGGCUUGAAAUGGGACAUACCUGACAAGACUUUACUAAGGAACAUAACUCAGCUGGAUUUCAGCGGCACUUUGAUUCCUUUUGAAGAAAUCCAAAAAGUCCUGCAGAGUCUUGACUCACUGAUGCAUCUGAGGCUGAAUUAUAUGGAGACGUCUAUCCAGAAAGGUCUCUUAGCUACAGUGUGCAAAAUACUGACACUAAGGAGGCUGGAUGUGUCUUACAACAGUGUUCCCAAAUUAAGUUCAAAACUUGUAACUUGCUCUCAGCUUAAUGAGCUCGACUUGACCGAUACAUACAUGACUGAACUGCCUAAAGGCUCGAUGAGAUUCAUGAAGAGUCUGAGGUCCCUAACUCUAGCCAACAACUUUCUCACCAGUGUGCCAGAUGACAUUAGGAGUCUCUCCUCCCUCGAGGUUCUAUAUCUUAGAGACAAUCGUAUCUCUGAGUUGACAUGUGAGGAUUUCAUAAACACAACGCGACUUACAGAGCUGCAUCUGGACUAUAACCACAUUGCCAAACUGGACAGGUGUGUAUUUGAAAAUCUUAAUGAUCUGAAGGUUUUAGAUAUGAGUAACAACUUGCUGUGGACAUUUGGAGGCGCCUUCAAAACAGGACUGCAGAAGCUUGAGUUCUUGAAUUUGAACAAACACUUUGUAUCAAUUCUUGAAAAUGGGGAUUUUCAAGGUUUAGGUUCCCUAAAAUAUUUGGAUCUGGCAUCAAAACAUAUCGCAAGAGUGAAAAGUAACGCUUUUCAAGGACUAAACAAUCUCAGAACUCUUACAGUGUCUCUUCCACUUGAGUUUGAAAAUAAAUUCAGAAGUUUACAACAGUUAGAAAAUCUCACAGUCUACUUCGAUACUGACGGAAGUUUUAAAAGUCCUCAUUCAAACUUCUAUGAAGAUUUGUUCCAGUUAAAAUCUUUGAAGAUUUUUACUGUAAUAUGCAGAGUUGAUCACUAUGGCUUCCCCUUUGACAUACCGAUGGAUAUUCUACAAACUAUGAAACAUUUAAAGGACUUCACAGCUGAGAAUUUAUAUAUUUCUGCUCCAGAUCCCGACACAUUUAGAAACAAUCCCCAGCUCAAGCGUCUGACACUCAGUCAGAAUGAUUUGUCAGAUUUGGAUCCUGAACUGUUUCAGCCAAUCCCAAACCUGCAGGCUCUCGAUCUCUCUUACAGUAAACUCAAAUCUUUGGAUUUUCUGGCCCAGGCUGACCUGUCUGCACUCACAUUUUUAAAACUGAGUGACAAUGACAUUACAGUGAUCAACGAGACGGUCUUCCAGUCUCUCCCUGCACUCACAUAUCUGGACCUGGACAAUAAUCCUUUCACCUGUGACUGCUCUAAUGCCGGCUUUAUCCAAUGGGUGAAGAACAACAACCAAACUCAGGUUGUUAACGCCCAUAUGUACACCUGUUCCUUUCCUGUGGUGGAGCAAGGAAACAAGUUGCUGGACUUUGACAUCCAGUCCUGUUGGAUGGACGUCGGCUUCCUCUGCUUCAUUUGCAGCACUUGUCUGACUUUGCUAACUCUUCUUGCUGCCUUCGUCUUCCACUUUCUGAGGUGGCAGCUAGCCUACGCAUACUACCUCUUCCUGGCCUUCCUCUAUGAUAGCAGGAAGAAGAAGAAGAACAGAGCUCCUCACCAAUACGACGCCUUCAUCUCCUACAACGUUCACGACGAGGCCUGGGUUUACAGAGAGAUGCUUCCAGUGCUGGAAGGAGAGCAGGGCUGGAGGCUCUGCCUGCACCACAGAGACUUCCAACCAGGUAAACCUGUGAUAGAUUCACUUACACGUGCCUGGUGA